CAGACUAGACCCGGACCCCAUUCUCUCUUCUUCUGUUUUCCUCCUUUUCCGCCUAUCUUCUCUCUCUUCUAACCAAAAUCCUUCUUGCCAUAAAGGCUACUUCCUCCCUAUCAAUAACAGCCAUUUCAUUGCCUGCAUACUGAGAGAGAGAGAGAGAGAGAGAGAGAGAGCAAGACUCUGUUGAAAUAACACGUACAGAGGAGUGUUUGAGAUUGUAAUUUGAAUUCUGGAUUCUAUUACACGGAAGCUUAAUUUUUAAUGGCGGGAGCGGGAGGGAAAUGGAGGAUUCUGAGGCCGCUGGUGUCGCUUUCGUGGAGUUUUCUCUUGGCUUCGGCUUUCGUCUCGGCUGAGAGGAGCUUGAAGAAUGAAGCGCUUGCAGGUAGGAACGUUUCCAGGAAUCCAGACGAGUCUUACCUCUCAACGUUCGCAAAUUUUCUAUGGCAGCCGAAUGAAUCCGGUUACGAGCACGUCUGGCCGGAAAUGAAAUUUGGAUGGGAAAUUGCUGUCGGUAGCAUAAUUGGAUUUAUGGGUGCAGCAUUUGGGAGUGUAGGUGGUGUUGGAGGUGGCGGUAUUUUUGUUCCUAUGCUUUCUCUUAUUAUAGGGUUUGAUCCAAAAUCAGCAACUGCAAUUUCAAAGUGUAUGAUCAUGGGAGCAGCAGUUUCUACUGUUUACUACAAUCUUAAGCUCAAGCAUCCUACCCUUGACAUGCCCAUUAUUGACUAUGAUUUGGCAGUGCUUAUCCAGCCAAUGCUAAUGCUUGGCAUUAGUAUUGGGGUUACUUUCAAUGUGAUCUUUGCUGACUGGAUGGUCACAGUGCUGCUAAUUGUUCUCUUCAUAGGCACAUCAACUAAGGCCUUUUUAAGAGGUGUUGAGACGUGGAAGAAAGAAACUCUUUUGAAAAAGGAGGUUGCCCAACGCUUAGCAGCAAAUGGGAGUGGUGGUCAAGGAGAUUACAAGCUUCUUUCUAGUGGCCCCAGCAAUGCAACUCAAAAUGACACCAAAGCUUCUUCUGAAAAUAAGGUCUCUAUAAUAGAAAAUGUUUACUGGAACGAAUUUGGACUUCUUUGCCUUGUUUGGGUUGCAUUUCUUGCUCUCCAGAUCAUCAAGAAUUAUACACCAACUUGUUCAGCCCUAUACUGGGUUGUGAACUUGUUACAGAUCCCAGUCUCAGUAGGGGUUACUUUGUAUGAAGCUAUUGGCCUGCACAAGGGGUGGAGAAAGAUUUCAUCCAAGGGAGACCCAGACUCCAACUUACAAGUAAGGCAAUUGAUUGUUUAUUGCUUCUUUGGUAUGGUAGCUGGAGUGGUAGGAGGGCUGCUUGGUCUAGGUGGAGGCUUCAUUAUGGGGCCACUGUUUUUGGAACUCGGUGUUCCUCCUCAGGUUUCAAGUGCAACGGCCACCUUUGCCAUGAUGUUCUCAUCAUCAAUGUCUGUUGUUGAAUACUACCUUCUCAAACGUUUUCCCGUUCCUUAUGCACUCUACUUUAUGCUUGUGGCAACUGUUGCGGCUUUUAUUGGGCAACAUGUAGUGAGGAAAUUGAUUAUUGUACUGGGAAGGGCAUCUUUAAUCAUCUUCAUCUUGGCCUCCACAAUAUUUGUGAGUGCAAUCUCACUAGGUGGGGUUGGAAUCUCAAACAUGAUAGGGAAGAUUCACCGCCAUGAAUACAUGGGCUUCGAAAAUCUUUGCAAAUACGAAGUUUAAAGCCUUGGUCUAUCAAGGGAUCCUGCUCGACUUGUGGCUUUGAACGAGUUUGGAAAUAGCUAAUUUUAGCUAGGACUGGAGCUGAAAGAUUUCUUCUCCAGAACUAAAAUUAGGUUCAGUUGUAUUACAUUUUUUUUUUCAAUUAGUUAUAGUUCAUUUCGACUGCCCUCCAGUCCUUUAGGUUGCCCCUUUACUUCAUUUAUUUAUUUUUUCUUUGUGUGUGAUAACUCUUCAUGAAAUGAAAUCAUUUUUGAACUGUGUAA